AAGACCGCGCCAAAGCUCAGACAGCGGCCACUCUUCAGGAUAUCAACACACUGCGGAGGGCAUUUAAACGCACUCUACUGUCGCUACGGCUUACUAUACACGUCGGAGUGUUCGCGUUGUUGUGUUUUGGUUGUUUUUCUUUAUCAAUUAAGAGGACUGUUUUUCGUCUGUUGUGCUUGAGUCGAGACACACAAGUCAGAUUUAAUGCCGGUUUUCGGGAAAAGGGUGUACGACUUCACGGUCGUGACACGACUUUGACGGGCGCGGUGCGGCGGAGUUGGCGCACUGCUGGACUGGAUAUAUUAUUCGCUUGAAGCCAAGACGGUCUUGCAGCAGCAUUCACACUGCGCUUCAACAACCACUUCUCUCCCCUGACUUACACACCGGCUCUUCUGACUCUCGACGAGUGAAAAGGGAUUCGUCUGCGCCGGCUUUUCAGCUCGAAUAUGUUGCUGUCAAAGUUCGGUUCAUUUUCGCAUAUUUGCACCCCUCCAAGUAUGGACCAUCUACCAGUGAAAAUACAGCUUCAGCCGGUUAAAGCGGAAAAGGAGUCUUUCGAGAAGGUUUACCAAGUGGGCUCGGUGCUGGGCAGCGGAGGAUUUGGCACAGUGUACGCCGGCAGCCGGAUCUCCGAUGGCGCACCGAACGGGUCUAUGGUGCCUUUGGAGAUCCUGCUGCUGAAGAAGGUCAGCUCGUCGUUUCGCGGAGUUAUCAAAUUGCUGGACUAUUACGAGCGGGCGGACGGCUGGCUGAUCGUUAUGGAGAGGCCGGAGCUCGUCAAGGACCUUUUCGACUUCAUCACGGAGAAGGGCGCCCUGGACGAGGACACGGCUCGGGGCUUUUUCCGCCAGGUUUUGGAGGCGGUCAGACACUGCUACAGCUGCGGUGUAGUACACAGAGACAUCAAAGAUGAAAACCUGCUUGUGGAUCUGCGCACCGGGGAGCUCAAGCUUAUUGACUUUGGCUCGGGGGCGAUUCUCAAGGACACAGUCUACACCGAUUUCGAUGGUACAAGAGUGUACAGCCCACCAGAGUGGAUUCGCUUUCAUAGAUACCAUGGUCGCUCGGCGACGGUGUGGUCGCUAGGCGUGCUGCUGUAUGACAUGGUGUGUGGAGACAUCCCCUUUGAGCAGGACGAGGAGAUCCUCAGGGGUAGACUGUACUUCAGGAGGAGGGUUUCAGCCGAGUGCCAGCAGCUGAUCAAAUGGUGCCUGGCCCUUCGGCCCUCAGACCGGCCCACCCUGGAGCAGAUUUGCGACCACCCCUGGAUGAGGGCGACGACAGAGUCGCCCAAGUCACCGGAGGAGCCGGUCGCCGUCGACAUCCGCCUCAGGACCAUCGACACAGACUCUUCUUCAAGCACAAGCUCAAGCAAGGAGAGUCUCUGAGGACGGCUCUGACUGGACUGGAACAGACUUUCUGGGGAAAGAAGGGGUUUGGAUGGAGGGAGUGAUAUGGACUCGAGGCCAGCAGCCUGUAGCCCAACUGGCCCAUCAGCGGCUGGGCGCGUCACUCAGCUGCUCCAGCUCAAAAAAUGUACUUUAAUUUUCCUCUUUUGUAGGGAAUUUCUAAGUUAUUACUAUUUGUUCUUCCUUAUCUUACUUUCCCCCCAUCCCCUCUUUUUCUUUCGGUUGAUUAUACUUGUUUCCUAAUCGGGAACAUUUUUCUGUUUGGGCGGUCUUACCAGCACUAUUUAUUCCCCCCCCCCCCCUUUUUAACUUUAUUUCACUCGUUUUGUUACUAGGCUGGUAUAUGCAGCUGGCAAGGCCUUCCUAUUCAGACAUGGCUGCUCUCAUAGAGCUUGGAGAAAACCUUUUUAUUUAAAUGUUUUAAUUUUGAUUUUGUAGUGCCUUUUUUUGGAAAGCUGCUUUUCUGGUUGCUUUCGUCAACAACUCUGUUUUUUGGAUUUGCCCGUGGCCUGGCGGCUAAGUUGCCUAUGCUGUGAUGGAAGCUGGGGAAGGGGGGGGUUAGGCUGUUUUAUUCUCCCCCUCCUCUCCAUCACUGUGCGCCAACCAGACUCCAGCCAAGAGGCUAAGAUAGCAUUAGAUAGGAGAGGAGGUGGGGGCUCUUCCUGACAAUGGAAUACUUGAAAAACACUCGACUCAACUCUGUGUCGCUCUCUUUAACGCUGCUCACUCACUCUAUAGCCUAAACAGGUGUUUGGAAACUGGAUCCUGUCUUUUCUGAAUGUCUACAAAAUGUCAACACACACACACACACCUCCCGCCUCCCCCACCUCACCACCUUCUUCU